AUGUUCUCUAAACUUGCUGUCUGUGUUUUGCUGAUCUCGACAGUUUAUUCUGCUAAACAGCAAAAUGGUCAACAAGGUGGACCACAAGGACCUCCACCACCACCAUUCCUUCAAAAUGUCACUGACGCAGCUCGUCAAGCAUUCUUCACAAUUGUCAGCAAUGAAAAUUUGACCAUAACUGAAAUCGACUCACAAACUGCAACUUGGGCAUCGACUUAUGGAGUUUCUGAUAUUUACAAUGAAUUCCAAACCAAUCAAACUGCUCUUGAAACUGCGAUUCAGAAAAAUAUCACAAGUGUUAUUUCAAAUUUGUCAAGUGUCGAAAGCUCAUUGGAGACUAUUUUCAACAAUAAAGAUCAAACAAGAUCAGCAAUCAAUGCUUCAAUCAGCACAUUGAUUCAAAGUAAUCCAAUUGUAAGUAUUUAGUGUUAGCGUAUAAUUGACUUUUCAAAAAUUGUUGUUUUUUUUAGGAAGUUCAAGUUCUUCUCCAACUUCGUAAUCCAAUGCCACCACAAGGAGGACCACAAGGUGGAUUUGGAGGGCAACAAGGGGGAAACUUACACAGGCAAUAA